GUGGUGGGAGAAGAACGCGGCUUCCAUUUUUUAGAGGCUGUUGAGAUUGUCACUCUCGCUCCCUCCUCCCAUGAUUCUUCUUUUCCAAUAACGACUCCGGUUUUUAAAAGAGCCAUGACCAACGGCAUUUCUUAACUCUCCUUUGCGCUUUCAUAAAGUACUUAAACGCUUCCCGAAAUUCGCUACUCUUGGACUCGCCCCUUGGGUCGAGGCGCUUUCGCCGCGCGCUUCCGGAGGGACGGCGAAACUACUCGUCCCGGCAGCCCCCGCGCGUGGGGUGACCGCCCCCUUCGCCUUCCUCAUCUUCUGAGCUUCGUGUGAGGCACGCCUGGCAGAGCCAUGCCGAAGGUGAAGAGCAAGACACGCUCUCGAAAGCAGCGCGGGGAAGGCAAAGGCCCUGUUGGCAUUAGGUUCAACACUGGACUUGGUCAACAUAUUUUGAAAAAUCCCCUGAUUGUUAACAGCAUUAUAGAAAAGGCUUCCUUGUACCCUACAGAUGUUGUUCUAGAAGUUGGUCCCGGAACUGGCAAUAUGACAGUGAAAAUGUUAGAAAAGGUGAAAAAGGUAAUUGCUUGCGAAGUUGAUGUAAAGCUUGCUGGUGAACUUCAGAAAAGAGUCCAGGGAACACAUUUGGCUAACAAACUUGAAAUAAAAAUUGGAGAUGUAUUGAAAAGUGACCUCCCUUUUUUUGAUGCUUGUGUAGCUAAUUUGCCUUAUCAAAUUUCUUCUCCCUUUGUUUUUAAGCUAUUGCUGCAUCGGCCUUUCUUCAGAUGCGCAAUACUCAUGUUUCAAAGAGAAUUUGCUCUUCGCUUAGUUGCAAAACCAGGCUCUCACCUAUACUGUAGGCUGUCUGUUAAUACUCAACUUUUAGCUCGUGUUGAUCAUCUAAUGAAAGUAGGAAAAAAUAAUUUUAAACCACCACCCAAAGUUGAAUCCAGUGUCGUGAGGAUAGAACCAAAGAACCCUCCACCACCAAUUAACUUUCAGGAGUGGGAUGGUCUACUAAGGAUAGUCUUUGUCAGGAAAAACAAGACACUUGCUGCAGUUUUUAAUUCAAAUGCUGUGAAACAGCUGCUGGAACAGAAUUACAGAAUUCACUGUUCACAAAAUAAUUUGCAAAUUCCUGAAAAUUUCAAUAUUGGUGAACUUAUACAUGAAAUCCUAAAAGAUACCGGUUAUUCAGAAAAACGUGCCCGAAUGAUGGAUAUCGAUGAUUUUAUCAGCAUUCUUCAUGGCUUCAAUGCAGAAGGGAUCCACUUUUCCUGAAGGAAGGAAUUACAUGAAACCUGUGAAGACUGAACUGUUAUAUUAAAAAAAAUUGUAAUAGAAUUUCAUUCACAGUGAAUGUAAGCCAACCAUUAGAUGGCUUUUGUCUAAUUUUUGCUUCUUUCGAUUUUAUUUGAUGAGGAACGUAGCCAUUUAUAGAUAUUAUUAAAGGGCAUCGGGAAAUGCAUCCCAUAGCAUCUACCUUCUCCCAAUAUGUGCUUCAUAUUCCAAGCUAAGUAUUGAUAUUGUUACUCGUAAAGAAUUUGUACAACUAAUGUAGAAGUUAGGUUUUUCUCUAAUGCCAAACCUGAGAUUCUCAGUUUUUUUAAAUGGCCAAAUGUUGUUGAUAUUGUGCAUUGCAAUAAUUAUUUUCUAUCAAGCUGACCAUUUCUAGUAAUUAGUAUCUAUAUUUAGAAGACUGCAGUGUAGUCUUAAACGCUGUACAAUAUUUUUCUCCAUACUCUGUAUUUCAUGUCAUGGUUGUGUGCGCACGCGCCUGCAUGCCUUUGAGUCAGUUUUUGACUCCUGGUGACUGC